AUGGCGCUCCUGGUUGAAUGUGCUGUUAUGCCCCUGGACACAGUAUCAAAUUGGUUUCAAGCAUACUUCCAUAACAAGCAGAUUUUAUACUUGUCAAGUGAACAGUGCCUAUCUGUAAACCAGCUAUCUCUUGAAGAAUGGUUCAAAUUUGGAGAGUUCAACUUUGAUAAUCCUUUUCAUUUCGUUUUUCCCUUUAAGAAUGUGAAAUUGUCUGCUGAAGUGGAACCAUUCAUUCCUCAGAAGAAGGCCCCUGAUUCACUGGUGAUGCCCAUGGCCCUGCCAAAUGAUGGUGGAAACAUCAGUGGUGUUGAGGCAACUCCGAUUCCCAGCUACCUGAUUACGUGCUACCCGUUCGUUCAAGAAAACCAAUCCAACAGACAGCUUCCAGUGUACAAUAAUGACAUCAGGUGGCAGCAGCCUAACACAAACCCUGCCGGGCCGUAUCUGGCUUAUCCCAUUAUAUCUACUCAGCCACCAGUUUCUACCGAGUAUACCUACUAUCAACUGAUGCCAGCGCCUUGUCCUCAAGUCAUGGGAUUUUAUCAUCCCUUCCCAACAGCUUACUCUGCCUCCUUUCAGCCUGCAAGUGCCAUAAACACAGUUACAGCACAAUGCACAGAUCGUCCGGCCCAACCAAGCCAGGCCUUUCCAUUAUGUAGCCCCAGGAGCAGAAGUACCAGCAGAGGAUCGAUGGUACAAAAACCGCCGCCGUCACAACCGCACAUAAAGAGCAAAAGGCCUCCAGUGAAAAACGUUGCUAUCCAGAAGGAAACGAACUCUUCGGGCCCAGAGAACAGACCCAAAAUUGUCCUGUUGGUGGAUGCUUGUCAGCAAACAGACUUCCCUUCAGAGAUUGCCAGCAAAUCCCUGUCGGAGAGCGUGAGUGGUCUGCACUGGAAGCCGAGAGGCAGGCGACGGCGGACCUCCCACCCUGCCGAAUCCUCGAGUGAGCAGGGGGCCAGCGAAGCCGAUAUUGAUAGCGACAGUGGCUAUUGCAGUCCCAAGCACAGCAACCAAGCAGGGGCAGCCAUAUCCAGAAGUGCUGAAUCGGCCGGGACAAACAUCAAAGAAUCAUCCAUACACCCAGUUGGUGCCAGCUGGGCAAGCGUCAGUUCUCAAGCAACUCAGAAGAAGCCUUGGAUAGAGAGAAACUCUUUCUCCAGAGGUGGAAGGCAGCCUGAACCUCAGCACGAUUCAGAGCCUGGCUUUAAAUGUAGAGGUCACAGCACAUCUUCAGAAAGGAAACAGAGUUUGCAGAAGAAAAUUGAGAAACCAGUAAUCACAAGCCAGUCAAACAGAGUAGAGCAGACCCCCGAACUGCUAUAUUUUGGGGAUGAAGAAGAAUUCCCAGAGCUAAAUUGUGAUAGUGGACAUUCUAAAGCUAAUAACAUGCAGCUGAAGCACGCACCCAAAAUGUUGGAUGAUCUACCUGAAAAUUCUCCAAUCAACAUAGUACAGACUCCUAUUCCAAUCACCACCUCUGUUCCCAAAAGAGCCAAAAGUCAAAAGAAGAAAGCUCUCGCAGCAGCACUGGCCACAGCCCAAGAGUAUUCAGAAAUCAGUAUGGAGCAGAGGAAGCUUCAGGAAGCGGUUUCAAAAGCAGCCGGAAAGAAGAGUAAAACUCCUGUGCAGUUGGACUUGGGCGACAUGCUGGCGGCGCUUGAAAAACAGCAGCAGGCGAUGAAGGCCCGUCAGAUCACGAACACCAGACCCCUCUCAUACACAGGUCGGUAUGCCUCACUUCGCCGCUCUGCGUACUGUAAUCAAGUUCUCAGUAAAGAAAUCGAUGAAUGUGUGACUCUCCUCUUACAAGAACUUGUCAGCUUCCAAGAACGAAUUUAUCAGAAGGAUCCUAUAAAAGCCAAAGCAAAGAGGAGACUUGUGAUGGGCCUACGGGAGGUUACCAAGCACAUGAAGUUAAGCAAGAUCAAGUGUGUAAUUAUUUCUCCCAACUGUGAGAAGAUCCAGUCCAAAGGUGGACUAGACGAAGCUUUGUAUAACGUGAUCGCCAUGGCUCGGGAACAAGAAAUCCCUUUUAUCUUUGCCCUCGGACGCAAAGCGCUUGGCCGCUGCGUAAACAAGUUAGUUCCUGUCAGCGUAGUGGGCAUCUUCAAUUUUUCAGGCGCUGAGAACCUCUUUAACAAACUGGUCUCUCUGACGGAAGAGGCCAGGAAAGCCUACCGGGAGAUGGUUUCAGCCAUGGAGCAAGAACAGGAGGAGGCCUUGAAGAAUAUUAAGAAGGUGCCUCACCACAUGGGCCAUUCCCGGAACCCUUCGGCAGCCAGCGCCAUUUCCUUCUGCAGUGUGAUUUCAGAGCCCAUUUCCGAGGUGAACGAGAAGGAGUACGAAACCAACUGGAGGAACAUGGUGGAAACCUCCGAUGGUUUGGAAGCCUCUGAAAACGAAAGAGAAGUGGUGUGCAAGGUUACCACCUCAGAAAAACCCGGCAACGCUAAUGUCGCUGCUGGUAAGCCCUUAUCUCUAGCUGCCGUGGGCCUCAUCGCCACGGCGUCCCAGGGGAAACCGCUAAGUGGGAAGGAGGAAGCGAAGCCAGACGACAACCUGGAAUGGGCCUCCCAGCAAAGCACAGACACCGGCUCUUUAGAUGGCAGUUGCCGGGACAUUUUGAAUUCUUCCAUGACCAGUACCACCAGUACUCUUGUGCCAGGAAUGCUUGAAGAGGAUGAGGAGGAGGAAGAGGAGGAGGAGGAGGAGGACUACUCCCACGAGCCCAUUUCCGAGGAAGUUCAGCUCAACAGCAGAAUUGAGUCGUGGGUCUCGGAGACACAGAGGACGAUGGAAACCCUUCAGCUCGGAAAGACCCUGAGUGGGGCAGAAGACGAGAACGUGGAGCAGAGCGAGGAGGAAGGGCUGGAAACUCCCGAGCAAGUCGAGGCGGUUCCCGACAACGAGGAAUGGACAUUAGACAAGGCCGCGAAUAAAGCCCAGCAGAAACCAAACCCCUGCCCUCCCCUCGAUUCAAAACACACAGACUCAAAUUAUAUGCCGUGAAACUUUAAAGCCCAGACUCAGGAGAAAUUUUUACUAUUUAAAAAAAAGAGAGAGAGAGAGAAACUAAUUGUUGUAAGGAUUGCAGCCAUUGCUUUGUGCGCUUCCUCUCGGCAUUUUGCACUGUGUAACAUUUAAUUACCGUAUUUAAUUCACCCUUCUUCUUCUUCUUUUUCGUAGCUGUCUUUAUCACUUCUCCGUUGAGACCUAGAGUUUGCAUGUGUGAUUAAUAUUUAUUCCUUUUCUUAGAACAGGCUAUGUGCAUUAAACUGUCACUGAGAAUCUUUUUUUUUUUUUUCGUAUGAGGAAACUUAUUUGCCUUCGACCAUUUUUAAGGCAAAACUCUUCUCAAACUGAAAAAAAAAAAAAACCUUACCUAUUUUUAAAGCGUUGACAGUAUUGACCAACAUUGGCUUGCCGUGAACUUCUUUGGGAGGUAUUUGUCCACUGGGUACCUAACAUUAAGCCGGAAUGAUUCUUUUUUUCUUUUGCUCAGACUGUUAAAGUGACUGUAAUCAGAAUGAAAAUGUGUUCUGGGGGGGAAAAAAGGGCUAGAAGGAUGUAUAUGAAUUAACUAAGUGCACCUUCUUAGUAGUAUUUUAUAAUAUUUAAGUAAUAACACUCCUGAAGAACUGGUUGCAGUUGGCUAAAACCAUUUUGGCUGGGUACUUUGGUGGAACAUCACUUAGCAGGUACUUUGGUAAUGGAAGUACCUGUUUACUUUCCAACUGACAUUAUCCACGUAGUCACUUUGCCCACAAGCCGGCUGCCAAAAGGGGACCUCAAGCUUUCCUUGCUUGCUUUUCUUAAUUUCCACUCUGUUUCAGUUACGCCGUGUUCUGCUUCUUAAUGCUUUCACUGAUCUCAGGAAUGUUACUAGGAGUUCAUACAUGCCAUGUAAAUACAAAAAAAAGAAAGUUAGAAUCGGUUAUCGAUCAUUUAACAUACAAUGAAAUAUGAAGCUUGGGGCGGUUCGUUGAGGGAAGGGAAGGGAAGUUGUUGUUUGGCUCAACUUACUUUUUCCCCCCUUGGGGUUGGUCUUGGUGGGAAGGUGGACUCUCUGAUCAUCUAACAGUCUGUCUCAUUUGGAAGUAAAUUUUCAUAAACGCAAGAGGUAGAAGUGGCUUUAUGGUAGGGAAAAUACCCUUUGUCUUGUGGAGUUUCAGAGCGGGUGAGAGAUAAAGAACCGGUUUUAAAACGACUUGCUUAAAUUUUGCAUGCCUGUUCUGAGUUUUCUAAGCACUCAUUUUCACCAAACCAAGUUGCAUAACGGCGAGGUUGGGAGGAAGGUGGGAUGGGGCAGUGAUGGUUUGAGGUAGUGCAGGAAGACAAGCUUUAUGAAAAAUAGGGACAUCCCCAGCAUUGUAAAAUAUUUCAUAGGUCAGUUGCUCUCUUAAUAGUUUGGGACCAAUAGCGAUCACAUUUGAAGCUAGUAUCUUUACUUCUAAUAAGAAUAAGCCAGAGGAAAUGUUUUGUAAUUGUGUGUGCGUGUGGUCACUUAGUGCUAAGGAGUGUAGCAGAAAAGACAAGUUUGAAUGAUUAGCUCUUGUACGUGGAAUUAGUAUAUGAUGAAUAGGAAAAGGACAGGGGUAGCCUCUGUAUCCUUUGCUGAUUGUCCACAAGUGGAAAUUCUUUCCUUCCGAAGUGCUGAACAACCAAAAUGACUCCUUCCUCAGUAGAUGUUGUCUUAAAUGUCUCUUUCCUUUUUUAGAACCUGAUUUGUCCCUUGCCAGUUUGCAUAAAACCCAGUAGAUAAACACACACACACACACACACACACCCUCUUCCCAUUGUUACCUCUUUCAAAUCCAGUCAAAAGCAUUCCGGUGUCCCUUGUCUGGGACGUCACGUGUGAAUGUGCUGAUCUUCAAACUUCAGCAAGCCUCUUUUAGGACAAACAGCGUACCGUUGGCUGAAGCCGCCCGCCCUUUAUAAAGGGUUCAUUUUGGGGGUUGGGGUGGAGGGGGGGGCGAGAACCAAGUUGAGGGUAGAAUGUGUCUAUGAAGUGUAUUAGAUUGUACUCUGUGUUUAACGUGCUUCCUUGUCUUUUGUCGUCUUGCGAUGCGGUGAGAUAUUAGCACUUCUGUUCACCCUUUCGAUAGCUGAUCCAUCGUCCUUGAUGUUCCUUCUCCGUAUCUUCAACUUCCUUAAACCGGCACAAAUGGAUCUUUUUUUUUUUUUUUUACAAACGGGGCGGAUGAUGGGCCUGUUUUUGCACUUCUAUUGGGGCCAAGCUCAGCAGUGUUUCCUCUUCCUUAAAACCAGUUUAAUUAAUUUCACUAGAGUUAAUGGCAAAAGGGGAGGGAAGGGGAGGGAAGGGCGACACGUCUGAUGGGUUAGAGGAAAUAAUCCUAAGCGCUUCCAGUAUUGGCAUAAAAAGAGCUGCCACGAGGCGGAGGGAGAACACAAGGUGGGCUGAUGCACGAUCAUCUGUGGAGGGCCAAAAUAAUAAAGUGGGGUUUGUAGGUUAAUUGUAACAUGUAUGCCUUUAUCUUAACAAAAAUCGAUUGCAAUACUUGUAUUUCUCCCCUGUUAUAUGCCCCCGUUCCCCGGCUUACGUUUUAAAUGGCAUGUUUUUACAAACUUUGAGAUUGGUGUAGUGGUUGAUCGGCUGUUUGGGGUUUUUUAAAAAGAAAAAAAUUGGAAAAGAUUCUUUUGAAUGAUGCACUCGUAUGUAUUCUGAACACCUCACUGGGAUAUAACCUUAGAUUCUUCUUUGGGUGGGCCUAUGCAGUGUAGCUAAAUCCCAUUGUCAACUGGAAGCUCUUAAAUUUUAAUGGCAGGGUGGGGAGAAGGGGGGGGGGGAGUCUCAAUUUGAAAAGCUGCUGUCUAUUGAAAUUGUCGUAAUGUAUGUAUGUGUUUGUGGGUGUGCGCGCGUGUGUGAGAAAUUGUGCCAAUUAAUCAAGAUGCUCGGUCAAUUUACCAGAUUUUAAUCACUAACGGAACACUUUUUUUAAAAAAAAAAAAAAGCCAUGAAUGGAAACUGUACAGCUUGGUGCCCAGUUUAGUCCUACACAAACAAUAAAUCUUAAAACAAUAAUUUGAAAAAGAAAAAAAAAUCAAUAUAAGGGGGCACAGCCUGAUUAAUGUUUAUAUGUGGUUAAUGUACUUUUAAAGACUGUACUUCGGUAAUGCCUCUUAAUCUUUGACACCUGUACACUAAAUGUCAGUAACAUCUAAAGUUUAAA